UUUGUGACAAAGGUUCGAAAAUGUUUCAACAAAAUUUAUUGAUAAUUUUAAUCUUGAUCAUUAUACAACAUUUCAUAGAUAAAGCAAUAAUGUGAAUAAUUUGUUGUUGAUUUGUUGUCAAUUUUUAUGAAACUUUGAUCAAUAAAAGUAAUUGAGUAGAUAAUUAAUCGAACAAUACAGUCCAACAAUUAACAGGAAGCUUAAUUAAGUGCAUUAUUCCAUUUGUGACAAAGAUAAAUUUGAAUAUUUUUUAUUUUGCUUUUACCCCCAUACUUAUCUAUAGAUAUCUAUUUUCUUAAAUUUAAAUCUUAUGAUAGAGUUUUCCUGUUUCAAUACAUGUUAUUAUUCACCUUGUCGAUUUCCAUUUCACUAUACACUAUUGAGUUAGUUACGUGAAUUUAAUUUCCUUUAAUCAUAAAUAAUACACCGCGUUAUUAAUUUAAAUUAUAACCGUUGGUAUAAUUAAAAUGAUUAAAGCAGAAAUAUCUUUAUUAAUGGUGUUUUUUGAAGCGGAUUAUUAUCUUUCAAUGAGUUAUUUUUCAAUGAUAAUACCUUUUGUCCGAUUCUUAGGAAAUAGUUUCGUUUUGCAAUCUAAUUAUUGAUAGAAUUUUCUGUUAAUUGUUCAGCAAAUUGUUGAAAUCAUUCAACGAAAAUGUUAUCAGUGUUAAUUGUUCUCCUAUCUGUUUUCACGAAUAACCCACCUGAAGGCCAAAAUCGAAAAAAUUAAAAAAGAUGUACUAUUUACAAUGUUCGUCAUUGAAAACAAGUUAAUCAAACACAGUGUCAUUGAAGCUAUCAAACAAAUCAAAUUCAAUGAACUGAAAAAUCUACUUCGUAUUAAAUCGUAAAUUUUUUCCCAAGUGCAAUUAAUUACAGGUAAAUCGUGUCCUCAAUUGUCUGCAAACUCUGAUCGGUUCAUUGAUCACAGACUCGAUUCAAUAACACCGUUUCCUGCGAGCUUUUGUUGAUUCGCGCACACAAUACCGGUAAAAGUGUAUUUCUGAUGGAAAAUUUAAAAAUUUCACCUCACCCAUUGUUGGAUUAAAUCAGGCUUAUCAACAGAAAGAUUGCACGUGUUGAGUGUGAUUGACUCGAUAGCAAAUACAUAUUUGAAGCGUUAUUCAACAAUUCAUAAAGGCUGUUAUUAAUAGCCGGAAGAAAGUAGUUGAAUUUUAAAAUGCUUACCUGAUGCGAAUGCAUUACAGGUUUAAUCGCAUUUUGUGACCAUUAAAAUUAUGACACUGUAAUUGAUUAAUUUUUUGUUAUCUGACAAAUUUUUAAAUCGAUUGAUUAUCGCGAAAUAAUGUCAAAAAUAUUUGGAUAUACUUCAUUUAUUUAGAAUACUAAUUGUUGUGUUUUCAUUUCAUUUUUAUUUUCUUUUAAUAAUACUAUUGUGUGUUGAAACUCCACUUUUCUUAUUUAUAUUUGAUAACAUUUUUACUCAUUUUUGGCAAUAUUUAAAAAUGUUUUCACCUGGAAAUAACAAAUUUGUUUAUUUGUUUCAUACAACUUUCAAUUAUCCAACAAUUUCCAUAAAAAUCGAAUCGACUCACAUGUUUUCUAUUAACACUAAAUUAAUUCAAUAGCAAUUAGUACUAAUUCCAUAGAAUUAAAAUAUUUUGAAUUGUUGCCGACACAACAAAAACUCAGCAAUUAGCGGCAUGUCGUAUUGUUUUCAUCCAAACAAUACAACGUGAAAUCGUUCACAACAGAAAUUUUGCUCAGUAUUGUACGAUUUUAUUUAUAUUUUUUUAGUUGGCAUUGAAAGUUUAACUGCCGCAUUCCUGUGAGUAAAUGAAGUGGUUGUUUCAAUUGAAUUCAAAGACUAAUUGUUCUGUUAUUAGCCGUUUUGCAUUGCAAAUUUUAUAUUGUGCAAGGAUUUUAUUGAGAAAGUGCUUUCUCCACAGAAUCUUCAAGGCUAUGAUCUCUUUCUUUUUCCCCUUUGCUUCUAUUAUUGACAAGAAGUGGUUUGUUUCAGUGUUCCUCAUACCACAACGGUACCUUUUGGGUAUCAUGGGUUUUCUAGCAGUCGUAAACGCUUACACUAUGAGAGUAACCCUUUCAGUUGCCAUAACAGAAAUGGUGGCUCCUAUUCCCCAUAACGAUAUGUACAAUGAUCAAACCUGCACCCUGGAACUGAGCAACAAUUCCAAAAACUCAAUCAUUAAUGACAAUCUCUAUCACUGGACGAGCAAACAACAGGGUUUGAUACUCAGUUCGUUUUACUGGGGUUACGUAAUUACGCACAUUCCUGGUGGGAUAAUUGCAGAGAAAUUUGGCGGGAAGUACUCCCUUGGACUUGGCAUUCUGUGCACUGCCAUUUUUACCUUUAUCACACCAUUUGUGAUCUAUGCCACUGAUGGCAAUUGGGUUUGGGUUGUUGUUGUCAGAGUCAUUGAGGGGCUUGGCGAAGGUACCACCUUCCCCGCUCUAACAACGUUGUUAGCAAACUGGGUACCUUUGAGCGAAAGAUCGAAAAUAGGCACGCUCGUGUACGCCGGCAGUCAAAUCGGCACCGUCGUUGGCAACUCGGUAAGCGGUGCCCUAAUCGCUUCCACGCAGGAUUGGGCCUCCGUGUUUUACGUGUUCGGAGCCUUGGGUAUUCUGUGGGUGAUAAUAUGGAUGAUGCUCUGUUAUUCCGAUCCGGAAUCGCACCCUUUUAUAACAGAAAAGGAGAAGAAGUACUUGAACGAAGAGAUCGCGAACGUUUCAAGUGAAAAGAAGCGAAUCCCAUGGAAAGCCCUCUUGACUUCCAUGCCACUUUGGGCCCUUGUUACCGCUCAAAUUGGGCACGAUUGGGGCUUUUUCACCAUGGUUACAGAUUUGCCAAAAUAUAUGAAAGACGUGCUACACUUUAAUGUUAAACAAAACGGCGUUUGGUCGUCUGUUCCUUAUAUUUUCAUGUGGAUUGUUUCGAUGAGUUCCGGGUGGCUUUGCGACUGGCUCAUCAAGAAAAAUAUUAUGAUGAUUACAACUGCCAGGAAAUUUUUCACAACAUUAGCAUCUAUGGGUCCGGCUCUGUUUAUCAUUUUAGCAUCUUACUCGGGUUGCGACAGGACUUUAGCGGUUACCAUGUUUACUUUAGCCAUGGGCUGCAUGGGUACCUUUUAUUGUGGUAUGAAAGUGAACGCAUUGGAUUUAUCUCCAAAUUAUGCUGGAGCUAUCAUGGCUGUGGUGAAUGGUAUCGGAGGACUAACUGGUAUAAUCGUGCCAUAUUUAGUCGGAGCACUCACAGAAAAUCACACACUUUUGGAAUGGAGGUUGGUAUUCUGGAUAGCAUUUGGUGUUUUCUUCGUAACGAAUCUGGCAUUCGUGUUGUUUGGAAGCGGGGAAGUGCAAACGUGGAAUAACAGCGAGAAGAAACCGGAUGUGGAAAAAAAUUCCAAAAUAGCCGAAGAAAAAUGUUGAUCUCUAUAUGAAAUUAGUUCUCGCAAUUUGAAAGACUGGGCCAGUAUGGCGAAGUGAUAAUAUUUCUCCAAUGUUACUUUAGUAAAGUGAUAUUAUGUAUUAUAGAUUAAUAUUGAAACAGAAUUCCACAACACUUUUUAUUAAACUCUAGUAUUUAUUGUUGUAAAAAAUAUGAUGAGUUCGCUGUUUAUUGAACUUUUGUUGUAGAUUAGAUGGAUUGUUUUAUAAUAAAACUGAUUAAAACGA